AUGCUUCGCUGCACCGCUAUGAGCCUUACUGCCAAGCGCGUCUUUAUCGUCGGCGGCCACAUCACGCCCUUUGUGGGAAAAGGGUCUCCUCUCUUCAUUGACAAAAAGCACCCCGACUUUGGCAAGAAGGAGAACAAGACGCUGGAGGAGAUGCUGGCGGACAGCAUCAACGGCGCCCUGCAGCAGACCGGCCUUAAUGGCGACGGCCGUGCGGCGCUGGUGGACAAGUUGGUGGUCGGCAACUUCCUCGGCGAGCUCUUCUCCGCGCAGGGGCACCUUGGCCCGGCGGCGGUCGGCAGCCUGUGCGGCAGCACCGCGUUCAUGAACAAGCCGGCGAUGCGCGUGGAGGGGGCUUGCGCGAGUGGCGGCCUCGCAGUGCAGGUUGCGUGGGAGGCGCUGCUCGCCGGCACCUCGCAGAUUGCGCUCGCGGCAGGUGUGGAGGUGCAGACGACGGUGUCGGCGCGCGUGGGCGGCGACUACCUCGCACGCGCUGCACACUACAAGCGGCAACGCAGCCUCGACGACUUCACGUUCCCGUGCCUUUUCGCGAAGCGUAUGAAGGCCAUUCAGGAAGCGGGUCACUUCACGAUGGAGGACGCCGCACGCGUGGUGGCCAAGGCAUACGCCAACGGUAACAAGAACCCGCUCGCACACAUGCACACACGAAAGGUGACACUCGAAUUCUGCGCCAACGCCUCCGAAAAGAACCCCAACUUCCUCGGAAACGAGACGUACAAGCCGUUCCUGCGCAACACGGACUGCUCGCAGGUGAGUGACGGCGGCGCCGCGGUAAUCCUCGCCAACGAGGAGGGACUCAAGAAGAUCGGCAUCUCCGCCAACGACAGUCGCCUGGUCGAGAUCAAGUCGCUCGCCUGUGCUGCGGGCAACUUGUACGAGGACGCCGCCGACGCCACACGCAUGAUGACCUCGCGCGCGGCCGCACAGCAGGCACUCGCAUCGGCAGGCGUACGGCCAUCGGACCUGCAGGUGGCCGAGGUGCAUGACUGCUUCAGCAUAGCGGAACUGCUCAUGUACGAGGCCCUUGGCAUUGCCGAGUACGGCAAGGCGAAGGACAUCAUCCGCAACGGCGACACGAUGCUGGACGGCCGCAUCCCUGUCAACACCGGCGGUGGCCUGCUCGCCUUUGGCCACCCGGUCGGCGCCACGGGCGUGAAGCAGAUCAUGGAGGUGUACCGCCAGAUGAAGGGACUCUGUGGCAAUUACCAGAUGAAGAAUAUACCUGCACUUGGCGCGACGCUGAACAUGGGUGGCGAUGACAAGACCGCUGUCUCGACCGUCCUCGGAAACAUCUAA